AUGAGUCAAAAUCCAGUUCCACUCUCAUCAUCAGCCAAGGAAUACAACAUCAACUCAAUCAGCAAUGCGAACACCUACAAUGUAACACCUAUCACGAUGCCCUCUUCUCUCCCACAUGAAACUAUAUUUUUUGAAAAUUAUAAAAACUAUUCGGGAAAACCUUAUUACAAUUCAAAUAGUAGCAGUGCGGCAAACACUCCUCUCGGAGUGACCAUCAUUAAUCAGGGUGGAUCUGAAUUAAUUUCAAAUUCUGAGGUGUUUAUAAGUGAUUGUCCACUUAUUAAUCAGAGUGUAUUUGUGAAAUGGUUGCAAGGACUGUCCAUUGAAACGACAUCAAAAUAUUUACUUGAAAAACAGCGAUCAUCACACAUGGAAUAUUUUUCAAAAUAUUCCUUCUUCGUUGAUAGUUAUUACCGGCUCAUUACCAAUGAAGUAGCCUAUCAGUACAGGAUAUUUAACGAUUUUCAACCAUAUUUACAAAACCCAUUAUUAUUCAUGAGCUGCAACACAAUUCUCCAAGUUGCUCCCAGCGUAAAGCAUUUACUCAUACAGCAAUAUUUUAACUUUGACGAAAGAGUUUACAGAGAAUUAAUGGGAAAAAAGCUCACUUCAAAACUGAGAAGAGAUUUAGAAGAAAUUAGUGAAAAGUAUGACAUUGAAAUUAUUUCUAAAACGGAAAAGAAGAAGCUGCCCAAGCUAGUAGUCAACGAGGAUGAAAUUGAGCAAGCAUCCAAUGCUAAACUCACCGAAAUUGACAUUGCUGAAAUGUAUGGAUUGAACAAGAAGAAGAAGCCUGUACCAACCCAAGAAAAGAAGAUCAAGCCUUCCAAGAAGCAACAAGAAGAAAAAGAGGAACAAGCACAACAACCAUCCGAAGAUGUCGAUACCACCCAAUCUGAGGGUUUCCUUUUAGUCAAGAAGCCAGAAUUGACUGGUCGUAAGAAGGAAGAAAAGAAGGUCAAUGAUAAGAAGGACAAGAAGAAGGACGAAAAGAAGAAGAACAAGUCCAUCUUUAGAAAGCUUGUUAAUGACGAUUCUGCCAAGCCACCAGGCGUCGGUGGAGAGAAGAAGGAAGAAGCAACAGCUGCUUCCGAAGAAGAAGGUGGUAAAAAGAAGAAGGCAUCAUCAGCCACCACUGAAAAGGCUCCAGAAAAGUCUGACAAGAAGGAAAAGAAGGAAUCAACUGAGACAAAGACUGACAAGACAACCAAAAAGCCAACUCAAAACGAGGAGAAGAAUGGAAAGAAGGAAAAGGCUUCCAAGAAGUCUGAGAGUAGUGAAUCUCAAGCCGAGGUCGAGUCUGAUGCUUCACCAAAAGAAGAAAAGAAGACCCUUGAGGAAAAGAAACCUGAAAGGAAGCCAAUGACUGUUGUGAAGGAUCCAUAUGUUACACAAGACGAUUUCUGGGAAGAAAACGUUAGAGAGGUCGAACCACCAAAACCAAAGACCAAGGCUCCAAGAGACCAAAAUACCGAAAAUACUAAGGCUCCAAAAGAAAAGAAGGAACCAAAGGAACCAAAAGAACCCAAGGAAAAGAAGGAACCAAAAGAAAAGAAGGAAUCCACUGAAUCAAAGAAGUCUGAAAAGUCCAAUUCACUCACCACUUCAUCAUCCAAGAAGAAGGACAAGAUUACUUCUGUUAAAAUUCAUGUCAACGCUGAAGCUUCAAGCUCAACUGCAACAUGGAACUCAUCUUCUCCUUCUACAGGAGCAGGAGAGUCGUCGUCAGACGAUGCCAACUUCCCCAAGGUUGGUGCAAAGAAAGUGAAACCACCAAAGCCAGCAGCAGCAGCAUCUGAGGCAGUUCAAGAUCAUGAGAAUCCACUCAAGAGAGAGAGCGAAACCAAAUUUGAAAUUGAUUACGCAUCUCCUGAAGAAAAGAGAGUUAAAAUGACUGAAAACGAGGAUCAAUAA